CAAUUGAAACCGUGACUAUGCCGAUCACGUGAUUUCGAUUAAAUCUCGCUAUUAUUAAUUUGAAUUUUAUUCUCUCGGUGCCCUGCCCAGAGGCAGAUUAUAAAUCUUAUCAGUUUUAAAAAUAGUUUCAAGUCGGUACCGCAACCGGGUACUCAUCUCGCCGUUUGGUACUAGCGGAGCGAUUAUAAUUACGGCGAAAAAAUGAUGAAACAGCGCGAAAUUAGUGUAACAAUUAGAAAAGCGAAAAAGGAAGAUAUGGGACAAGUUUAUAAAAUGAUAAGGGCUUUGGCAGAAUUCGAACGCCUAGAACACACAAUGACCCUAGACUUAGAAACUCUAGAAAAAGACGGUUUCGACAGCGAAAACCCCGUCUUUACUUGCCUGGUUGCCGAGCUAUCCGAUGGUUACAUUGUCGGUUACGCCCUCUACUACCAAUCGUACUCGACAUGGUUAGGACGUUCGGUAUUCCUCGAAGAUCUGUACGUACAACCGGCUUACAGGAAAAACGCAAUCGGUACUCAACUAUUUUUGGCAGUAGCCAAAGUCGCGCACGAGUCACCGAGUAAAAGAUUGGACUUUCACGUGCUAUCUUGGAAUCCCGCAGCCGAUUUUUACAAGAGGCUUGGUGCCGUGGAUAUGACUAUUCACGAGAAAUGGCAUCACUUUAGAAUGGACGAUAGUUGUUUGGAUAAGUUGUUUUCAUGAUAAUAAGUUUUGAUAUAAUUUAGAUUUAAGAGACAAUUUUGUUUUGUAAUUCGUUUAUGAUAUUAUUCAGUAUUUUGGUGACUGAUAAAAAGUUACAGGGUUGAUUUGAUUUAUAGAUUUUGCCUUACCUAUAUAUCAUGAAUUUUUAUAAGCAGAAUUAGUAUAUGUAUAUUCAACUAUUUGAUUGUUAUGCGAUACCUAUAUUUCCGAAACUCUUGGAGCUAUCCAAGACUUAUGUUUAAACCUUACCAAAAAUUUCAAUGAAAUACUUCACCGUCACCAAGCAGACUAAAAUAUGCUCCCAAGGCAUAAUAAACUUUUUAUAUUCUUAGCAUAGCGUUACCCUACUUUUAGUUAAAAUCAAAUUGUUAUUUCUCAAUACUUGGCAGCUAGAAGUUUAUCAACAACUGUUUUGGUAACUUUUAACUUGUAGUUUUAGGUUUCUUUUACAUGGAACUUUAUAAGCAUUGUGUAUUUAAAUAAAAACUGUAUCUAGAAUUCUAUACCCACAGUUGUUUUGCUACCGCUCAGAAACAAACAAAAAAAUC